AUGUUCUUGACAAGGUCCGAAUAUGACCGUGGUGUCAACACCUUCUCGCCAGAGGGACGUCUCUUCCAGGUCGAGUACGCACUAGAAGCCAUCAAGCUCGGAUCGGCCACCGUCGGAAUCGCAACAAAGGAAGGCGUCGUGCUCGGUGUCGAGAAGCGAGUGCAGUCCAAGCUGCUCGAGUCGUCGUCGAUCGAGAAGAUCAUGGAGGUGGACCAGCACCUGGGAGCGGCGAUGAGCGGUCUCACUGCCGAUGCGAGGACCAUGAUCGAGCACGCACGUGUUACCUCGCAGAAUCACGCCUUCACAUACGACGAAGAGAUCAAGGUUGAAUCGGUCACCCAGGCCGUUUGCGAUCUUGCCCUGCGCUUCGGAGAGUCUACCGCUGGUGACGAAGCUAUGAUGUCGAGACCUUUCGGUGUUGCGCUGCUCAUUGCUGGUAUCGACGAGAAGGGUCCACAACUCUACCAUGCUGACCCAUCUGGCACUUUCGUGAGGUAUGACGCCAAGGCGAUCGGAAGCGGCUCCGAAGGUGCCCAGACAGAGUUGCAAGACAAGUUCAAGAAGGACAUGACAUUGAAGGAAGCCGAGAUCCUCUGCUUGCGCGUAUUGAAGCAGGUCAUGGAGGAGAAGCUGGAUCAGAACAACGUACAGCUCGCCACCGUCACGCCGAGGACCGCCAAGGACGGUCGUCAAUCGGGUCAGUUCGGCAUCAUGAAGGAGGACGAGCUUCAGGCCUUGAUCGCCGAGAUGUAA